AAGACGCGUUUGAGGUUUGAGUUUCGUCCGGUUGUCAUUCCUGCAGGAAGGUGAGGGUGUGAUCGAACUUUACCUGCCCGUUGUCACCUGGUGAGCUUGUUGUAAGUGAGUGUCGGUCGGACGUCGAAUUUCCAAACUGCUGUGGGACGACAAACACUGGAUUCGCUCAGGAGUAAAACAGAGAAGGCUUUAAAGGAUGCCAAGAAGGUCCUGACUCGCAACCCCAACAUGAGUGUGACAUCAUGGUUUCUGGUGAGCAGCUCUGGCACGCGUCACAGGCUGCCACGCGAGAUGAUCUUCGUCGGCCGGGACGACUGCGAGCUCAUGCUCCAGUCUCGGAGUGUGGAUAAACAGCAUGCUGUCAUCAACUAUGACCCAAAUACAGAUGAGCACAUGGUGAAGGACCUGGGCAGCUUGAACGGGACAUUUGUGAACGACCUCAGAAUCCCAGACCAGACAUAUAUCACCCUAAAGCUGUCAGAUGUCAUUCGCUUUGGUUAUGAUGUGCAUGUGUAUAUCCUGGAAAAGAGUCAACACAAAGUCCCGGAGGAAGCGCUUAAACAUGAGAAGUACACAAGCCAGUUGCAGCUUAGCAUAAAAGCCCUGGAGGCCAAGGCAAAGGAAAAACUGCACUUCCAGCACUCAGAGAAGAGCAAAGACUCUUCAUCCAAUGCCAAACUCCAGGACAAAGCUGAGCGUAAAGCCCACUCCCUCACAGCCUCCACAGAUUCUCCGAUAUCCAAGCCCACGCCUCUGUAUGGCCAGCCUUCCUGGUGGGGAGAAGAUGAGGACCCGACCAACAAAAAGGAGAGCAGAGGUGGAAAAUUUCCAGAGAAGGAAUCUCCAGAACCUGCUAAAGAUGUAUCCACAUAUGAGAGCAACGGCUCUCUGCCAGACAGUCAGGCUAAGGCCACCUUCUCCUACUGUCGGGAGCCCAGUUACUUUGAGAUCCCAACAAAGGAGUUCCAGCAGCGUCCUACCAAGAAACCAGAGUUGCAGGUUCAUGAAGUUCCAACAAAAGACACAGCAGAUCCCUCUGACUGCAUCUCCUCCACCCCCACACCCCCUGUGGUUCAAAGCCACGCGUCCUUUACCAUCGAAUUUGAUGAAUGCACGCCAGGUAAAAUGAAAAUCAAGGACCAUGUGACCAAGUUUUCUUUCCGUCAGCGUAAGCAACCUUCCACUGAGGUUGCUAGCACACCUACUGAGGUGAUGUCAGCACAGAGUAAAGUUGCUGACUGGCUCGUCCAAAGCAGCGCGAGCAUGAUGGGAAAGAGGUCGCAAGAUGAAGAUGUGUGCAGCACAAACAGCGACCCAUCUCUUCUGAAGACCACCAAGACAAACUACCAUGAAGAUGGUUCUCAAAGUGAUUCGGGGCACCCAGCACUCAAUGGGAAUAACUUUCUCCGGUCAGAACAUCAGGAUUCUCCACAAGCCUUGAGAGCUUCACCACCACAGCGAUUUCUCUCCCCUGACUCAGUAGAGCCUGUGUCUGGCUCUCCACCGGAGUCUCAGUCCCUUUCCAGUCUUGCUGAGCCCCACCAAGCCUUUGUGAUUGAAUUCUUUGACGACAACCAGAGAAAGAAGCGUUCCCAGUCCAUCAAUAUCAUGGCCCCACCAGAACCCUCCAGUCUCAGGCCACAGUUGGAGAAAGUAAAGAAAAGCUCAAGUCCGACUGGGGAGAGACAAGUCACACCUCCGUCUUCCACAACUACUCCGCCAACCCAACGGUACACUAUCCCCCUGAAGGGCCCUGCUUCUACGGGCCCCCAAAGAGCUGGCUCUCUACGAAGGGAAAAGACUGAAGAACGGAUCAGCGCCAGCGUUUCUGCCCGCUCAUCCUCAUCUGUGUCUGCAAGACCGUUUAGCAGCGUGGGCCGCAAAUCUAAACUCACCCAGGAGUUUACUGCUGAAUUACUGAGACAAGCAAAGGAGAUCUCUUCUGCCACCUGGGAGAGAAAUACUACAGCAUCUAAAGCAGGGUCAGGGCUGGCAUCACAGUCUGACCAAAUUACCACUAGCCCUCCUCAGCCUGACGCUCAUUUCCAGCCUCAAACUUCCUCGCCAAUUCAUAAACCUGUCCCCCUCAAGGCUCCUGUUAUGCCCCCAGCAUCUCAAAGUUUUGAAGUUAAGAGCCCCACAGGCCCCAGAAAUGAAGAGGAGGACAGUCUAAGUGAUGCAGGAACCUACACAAUUGAAACAGAUGUUCAAGAUAAGGAGCUGGAAGAGGCACGGAGCAAGAUUGACCAGGUGUUUGGUGUCGUUGACAGCCCAGAGCAAACGAACCUGAGUGAAGCAGAAACACCGUCAGCAUUUAGGCCUGUUAUUGUUCAGGGCAGGGAGCAGCAUAGUCAGAAAAGUUGUGGGGAGGUGAGGCCAGCUCCAGAGCAGGGACAGAGUCUGGUGAAGGUUCAGUCAGGAGGUGCAGUCUUACAGGGGGCUCCUAAGUGGAUGUCUUGCUGGGCCAGCUUGGCAGACAGCUAUGCAGAAUCUAGGCCUUCGUCCGGCCUCUUUGACAUCCAUUCCCAGAUGGGACUGUCAGAAGGGGCACGAGGCACAAUCGUCCACAAGGCUACGCUCAGCCAAAGCCAAGAACGAGUUCAGCGCGGCCUGCGGCUGACAUCACCGGGGGAGAAGAGUGACAUUCCAGCUCCCAGCAUUCAUGUUCAUUAUGACCCAAAUUCAACAUUUGAUGUUGAAGAUAAUAGCUUGGGGGUCCCUGGCGCUCAAGACGGCAUUCACAGGUUAACUGUGCAGGACGAUGUAGAGCCUGACAGCCUGAGUGAUGCCAGCAAGUCAGAUGAUGGAUCUAUUGUAGAGCAGAAGAGGAGGCCUCUGUCAGACCAAGAAGAAAAGCAAAAUGGAGACAAGCGCACGCUCCCGGCCAAGUCUACAUCUUUUUACAUUGGGUCAGAGGAGGAGGUGGUGCCCAAAGCUAGCACUCCUAAGGCUGAGAGAAAACAGGUGACCAAAACCUUUUCAACAGCCACUCUGACCAAACUGAGAGGCAGUCAGGAGUCUGCAAGAGUCAAACCUGUUGUAUCAGCUCCUGUACUGAGCCAGGCGACACAGAGGCCAGAGGGUAAAGAAGCAUCCCCGUUAAUCAGACAGGAGAGCUUCACGAAGGAGCGACCUAGCAGCACCAGGUUGCCUAACAUCUCUAGCCAGCCUGCUCAAAGAGAUCUAAACCCCGAAUUACUGCAGAGAGCUAACAGUCAGGACACGCAUUCGUUUCUCAAAGAGACUGAAGAUGUUCUGGCUGUACUGGAAGCUAAACUCCAAGCAGGACAAACCAACACUCCAUCUCCUGUUAUGGACUCUCUUUCUGGGGAGUCUGAUGUGGAUACCUCCAGCACAGUCAGCCAACACAGCAGUAAGACAAAGCCAAGCACACUAACAAAAAAAGUAUCGGUCAGUGGCCUCCAGAGAGAUAGGUCUUCAGCUAGCCUAACUAGUCAGGAUUCGACUCAGCAGUCCUCAGAAAAGCACCGUACUCAGGAAGCAGAAAGGAGCAACAGGACUGAACCUCUGAGGAGGCCAGUUGGACUCAGACGCAGUGUGGGAAAACGUGGUUCCACAGACCUAAGUGAUGACCAUCAGAGCUUACCGUACUCUGAUCAGGAGUCAAACAGCAAACAAACACGCAAAUACAUAAUUCCCCUUCAGAAGGAGGAGACCAAGAGCUCCAGAGUGUCCCAGGCGCUGAGUCGUGCCAACAGUCUAUCAGCCCCAAGACCCACCAGGACUUCCAUGCUGCGCCGGGCUCGCCUCGGAGAGGCCUCAGACAACGAGGGGACAGAGACUGAUAAGCUGUACCAGGAGGCCAACAACACCCCAGCUAAGCAGCCCCAGGAAGCCAAGAAACUCUCCAGGCUGGAUAUGCUGGCCAUGCCUCGGAAACGGACAAGCUCAUUUAACACACCCAGUGACAACGAGGCCUCUUCCACCCCACAGUGGACAGGCAGAAGCACAGGAUUUUCCAACCGCAGCGCAGAGCUGGGUGUCAGCUCCACUCGUAGGGCCUCUGGUCCAGGGCCAAAGCCGGGAGAAAGGCCGCAGAAGGCAGCACUCAACAGAACUCCAAUCACUCGUGUACGCUCUAGCAGUGCCAAAUAUGCCAGCAGCACAGCAAGCUCUAGGAGACGACAGAAAGGCUCUGACUAUACCUCUACCUCAGAUGAGGAGUACGACUCAAACCAGAGCACUCCUAAACACAAACGCUCCCAACCUUCCUCAGCUUCUCAUAGCCCACGCAAUCCGGUUCGGCCGCAGCCGAUCGUGGCCCUGCGUCCAAAACACCGCGGCAGAGACUCUGAAGAAGAGACCAACGAGGGAGAUGCCUUCCAGAAUUGGUCCACACACAGUGCUGAGAUUGCACGGUUGAGUCAAGAUCUGGCCAAAGACUUGGCAAUAUUAGCCAGAGAGAUCCACGAUGUAGCGGGUGAUGGUGAGCCCGGAGAGGAGUGCAAUGCACCAGGCUCCACGGCGGCUUCUUAUGAACAGCAUGUUUCAGAGGCUAACAGCCACCAGAAAGUCCCCCCAAGUUCUGCACCAUCAGGGGAAGCUGAGCAGAGCUGGAGUGACCAUGAACAGAACUCCAGGAGCAGAGAAGAGGGCGUUGUGGACACUGCUAUGCUGAAUCCGGUGUCUCAGGUCAUAAUUGCUAUCAGAGAGAACACGGAGCAGCUCGCUGACAAAAUGAAGGUAAUGUUCCAGGACAGAGUGGAUAUCUGGGAAGAAAUUGAGGCCAAGGUCAAUUCUGAAAAUAAUGUCCCAUUUGCAAAAACAUCCAACAAGGAAAUCACAUCUAUCUUGAAAGAACUCAGGAGAGUUCAGGGACAACUCGAAGUCAUUAACACAGUCAUGGAGCCCAGCUGGCAGCCUGGAGCUACCAAGACCUCAGCCACUGCAGUCUCCUCCUCAUCUGGAGUUCAGACUAGCAAGCAUUCUUCCUCACGAGACUGGAGAACGGUGCACUCCAUUUUCAAACGUGGCGGUGGCCCGAGGCCCAGCGAGAGGGUCAGGAGAGCGGCUGCGACCCCGGACGAUGUCAGAGAGGGGUAUUUAGUCUGAGAUCUGGCACAAACACGCAGGUCCAGACAGUCCACUCCAAACAGCCAGGUGCCAGACCUCUGUGUGCACAAAGGAAAUACAAAGGAGGGAAGUGAGACUUUGUUCACAGAAGUGCAUCCUCCUGCACACGCAAACAUACACACUACUGCACUAUAAGCACACCUCACACUGACCUGUGUCAGGAUGUAACACACUGAGAGAGACCAUAAAGCUAUACUUGAUUCUGUGUGUUACAGAUCAUCGUCAUUAUUUGCCAGUGUUGUGAUCACCAGCACUUUUUUUUCUUUAAUAAAAGCUCAUCAUAAUUAGCUGCCCAGAGAAAAACAAGCCUGAACGUAAUCAUCCCAGGGAAGUCUUCAGAUACAUCAAACAUGUGUGUUUAGUGACAAAUCAUUAUUGAGGAAUUGUUUUAUUUUUUUAAUAGAAAGAACUAAAGUUAAUACUCGCAGAUGCUGAUAUGCUGUGUACUCCAUCCUCAGUAACUCCCCGUGCUUAUUGUUUUUUGUUUACCUCCUUCCUCUUUGUGGAGUAGAAUGGAAAAUGUAUUUUUUAGGGGAUUUUUUUUCUGAGACACUGUGGUAUUUUGUAACUGACACAGCACGACUGUAGGUGCGAGUUUGUCGCCUUUUGUGCCAGAAUAGUUUGUUAGUAUUACGCAAUCGCUACAAGCCAAUUUUGUGUGCAUGCUGGUACUAUUUCCCUCGUCGGAACUACACUUUUGUCCAACAGAGGGUGAAAAAAUCCACUUCAGGAAUGUGCAAUCUAAAUGGAGGAAUGGGUGUGCUCUAUAAGUAAAUCAGCAAGCAAUCACAAACUCUAAGUGGCUGCAGCUUUAGAGUAUUCCCGGCCCUUGGAACUUUUGUAAAAUUUCUUAUUUUUAUAUUUGUGUCAAACACAUUUGGGAGCUUUGGAUUGUUUUCCACACCUCGAGCAAAAUUUGUCUCCAAGGUUUGUCCAAAGACGAACACGACACGAUUUCAAGGACGAGAAAUGUGUCGUCUUUAUCUGUGUUUCUGCACAACACCUCGGCCCCUCGAGUCGUGAGAGAUGUAAUGUUAUUUAUGACCAAGUAAAUUGUAUGAAAUUGUUAAAAAAUCUUUGAUGAUAGCAGCUGAUUUGUUAAUGUGUGUGUAAAUGUCUAAAGAUUGUCUACACGUCCUACAGGUUACCUCUCAAUCUCUUCUUUUUGCACUAAGGUAGUACAGCAUCAUCCCUCUUUAAGCCGAUACGCUGCAAACUGAAAGCUUUGACUCUCCCGUGAAAGAUUGUAAGAAUCUGAUGCUGACACAGGAGGCCGAAGCAGGGAACUCCGGCAAGCUUCUCAGUUUCCCUCUUCCUAGUCUUGACCAUGCAUGUGAUUGUAACUGGGAAGUACCUACAAAAGUGCCACAUUAGCUGCAUGGGAUAAAGUUUCAUGCGGACGAGUACAGUGGUUGUUUACAGACUCCAGCAAAAUUUGAAUGUUCUUCUUCUUCUUCUUCUUCUUUUCAUUCUCAACCUGUUGCUGCUAUUCAUCUUCUGUGGGAUAGUAUUUCCACUUAGCUUUAGUCCAACACGGUCCGCUGAAGAUUUAAAAUGUGUGUAUCAAAUUUCUGUCCCCUGUUUUGGAUCUUCAGUUUCUGUUUCCAUUCCUUCCCUACCCAAAUGAUUUGGUUGUAAUUUGAUAGCUGUUAUUUAUGUUUGGUUAUUUGUGUAAGGUGUCAGAUGAUAUGUUUUUUUCAAAUAAAUGUGAUUAGUAAACCUGU